UGUGCAGAGGCAGGGUUGGUGCACAGUUCUAUACAGUGAAUAUGCCUGUUCGACUGCAGUUCUAAUCCAUAUUACGGCAAGAACCACUCAACUAAGUCAAGAGAAACGACAGUCCAUCAUUACUUUAAGACAGGAAGGUCAGUCAAUCUGGAAUAUUUCAAGAACUUUGAAUGUAUCCUCAAGUGCAGUCACGAAAACCAUCAAACGCUAUGAUGAAACUGGCUCUCAUGAGGACCGCCCCAGGACAGGAAGACCAAGAGUUACCUCUGCUGCUGAGGUCAAUGACGCUCCAAACUUGCGGAGCGCACCGAGCAAAACUCUCCAAAGAGUUUUCAACUCCUGCUUCGGGACCGAGAGGAGACGGGAAACGCUCCAGAGACACUUAUUCUAAGCCGAGAAGUUGAAGGGCAGCGUCGGGAAUGGCUCAGAGGCGGAAUGGUCCUCCAGUCGAGCCGCACAUGUGAGCCCAGAGGCCACCGGUGACAUUUUUUUAUUUUUUUAUUUACAAGGGGACGAGUACAGGAGAGUUAAAGGAGAGCAGACAGGACAGAAGUCAAAGUGUGGUGGGAGCUUGGCUGUCACAAGAGUCCAGUCACCUCGACGCGAUGGUCUGUGUGCCGGGACUCAGCUGGGUGCUCCUCAGCGCGCUGCUGCACUCUGCGGCACCCUGGGGCGCACGGCGAGCCGACAGACCGAAGCAGUGCGACGCACCGAAGUCGCAAAGUGACAUGAACUCCUUCCUGUGGACAGUGAAGCGUUCACCUCCUCAUCCACCCUCUUACUUAUUCGGCACCAUCCACGUCCCCUACACACGAGUCUGGGACUUCAUCCCCAACAGCUCUAAGCAGGCUUUCCACAACAGCCCCAAUGUUUUCUUUGAGCUGGACCUGACUGACCCUCUCACCAUCUCCAAGCUGACUAACUGUCAGCUGCUGCCCCAUGGGGAGAACCUGCAGACGCUGCUACCUCGGGACUUGUACCGCCGCCUCAAACGCCACCUGGACUACGUCAAACACAUGAUGCCUUACUGGAUGACCGCUGACCAGCGCGGCCGUGGCCUGUACGCCGACUACCUGUUCAACGCCAUCGCAGGGAACUGGGAGAGGAAAAGACCUGUGUGGGUGAUGCUGAUGGUCAACUCGCUGACAGAGUUGGACGUCCGGUCCAGGGGGACGCCGGUGCUGGAUCUGUUCUUGGCUCAGGAAGCUGAGAGGAUGAGGAAGACGACAGGGGCAGUGGAGCGGGUGGAGGAGCAGUGUCACCCCCUCAAUGGGCUCAACUUCUCUCAGGUGCUGUUUGCUUUGAACCAGACUCUGCUGCAGCACGAGGGCGUUCGAGCAGGAAGCCUGCAGGGCUCCUUCACCACUGAGGAUCUCAUAACACACUACAACUGUGGUGACCUCAGCUCCAUCAUCUUCAACCACGACACCUCACAGCUGCCCCACUUCAUCAACAGCUCUCUGCCUGCUCAUGACCGCACGACAGCCCAGCAGAUCGACAGCUACUUCCGCCAGGAGCUCAUCUACAAACGCAACGAGCGAAUGGCUCGCCGUGUGUCAGCGCUGCUGCAGAGGAACCCCGACAAGACGUACUUUUUUGCUUUUGGUGCAGGCCACUUCCUGGGGAACCACAGCGUGCUGGACAUCCUCAGGCAGGAGGGUUACGAGAUCAUCCACACGCCCUCUGAUCACCAGGAGCCAGAGAGAAAACCAGCUGAGGAGCCUGCAGCAGGUUCCAGUGAUGAGAGUCCAGACAGCAGCACUGUCUCUCCCACCAGCUGGCAGACCAGUCCAUCAGACCUGGAGCUGGAGGACCCAGACCACGUCCCUGGACUUGGAGACGAGGAGCUGCCUCACCUGCUGCUCCCCGACAGCCUGAGCCAGCUGGAGGAUUUUGGACGACACAAGCGUCCCCGCAAAACUCACCGCGUACACGGCAAACCUCGUCUCUUCAGUGACCUGUGGGUUCGCAUUGGGGACGGCACAAGCCCGCCACCUAAUGUGAGGAUAGUCAACGGCUAUGUGACCGUGGACCCUCCUCUGACCCACCAGGAGCAGCGCAGACUGGUGGAGAUCUACGCCACCAAGCAACAGCCCGGUCCCCCUUCCUCCACCCCGCCCAAUCCCACCUCAGCUCAGCCAGCUUCAGUCCACGGCACACUCACACUGUCCUGCCUCUUAGCCUGGAUGUUAUCACACAUGCUGUUUACCUCCUGACCCCAGAACAGCGUUAUCUCGCAGGCAAAACACUCAAACACUAUUGCGUCCCUACAAGAUCAGUGGAAUGCACCUGAUAAAUAAGGAAUGGUCAUCAGCACAUGCAGAGAAGAGGAUGGAUGCCACCACAGGGAGGCCUCAGGCCUGCCGUCAUGUCAAGUCUCACAAAGUGUGGAAUAAUCUCUCAGCCGGGGAGUCUUCAAACCUCAUGAAAGUAUUACGAUAGAAUAACAAACACAUAGCACGAAGAAGACCCGUCAAGAGUUUGUGUGGUGGAGUCUUCUACCUUAUAAAGAUGUAAUACUGUAUAGAAAAGUAAGACUGACAUUAAUAAUGAGAAUAGAACAUACUAAUAAGAGCUGUAACUCUGUGAUAAAUGAGUUGAAUGCAGUAGAGUCGAGCAGGGCUGUGUAGGAGGUGACGCACUCACGUUGCCACUUUUGUAAAUUGUGCAUUUUGUUCAUAAAAAAAUAUUUAUUAUUUCUGGGAGAAAAGAGUAUAUUUUCUUGUUUUU